AUGUCCAAAUACUGUGAAUUUCCUGACUGCGAAGGCGGCCCAUACACCAAUGAAGAGGCCCGAAAACACAAAUGGCGCUAUCACUCCUUCCCUGCUUCCUUCAUCAUCGGGGGACGCGAGUACAUCGUGGCACAAUCCGACACUCACUAUGCCUGCCCAUUGCCUGGGUGUGACAAAGAAUUGAGGAAGCGCGACGACAUGCAGAAGCACGUCAUCGCUGACCACAACGGCGGCGUCUCCAUCAAGGUCUUUGACACUCGUGAUACUCCGAUGGACCAAGACCGUGAUGUCUCAGCGCAAGCUCUUGUGCCAGGGACUCCGUCCCCUCAGGGGAUUAUUCCCACAGUCGACGAUGGGUCUCCUGUCGAUUCUGACACGGUUAAACUCCUGCCGUCGGUGGACUACUUGAAGUCGAACGAGGCUCUUGAUGCGCUGGGGGUCUGUGUGGCAUGUGGAGCUGAAAAUACUGAUAUGCUAUACGUGCCAAGCGCCAUUGACCUCUGGGAUGGUGGUCGGUCACAGAAAGAAACAUCAACAUUCGUACGAGGCAUGUGCCUUCUACAGCUGUUCAACAGGCUUUCUUGGCUUUCUGCUCCGAAGCCGAGAUUUACGAAAAACCCGAGACUUGCCAACCAUGCAAAGGCACUGCAGGGAGAAGCACAAGACGGAGCCCUUAGCAAACGUUCGACAUCGAGCAUGCCUCGUUCAAUCGGAUUUUCACUGGGGUCAGAGGCUCAUAUUUUCGAGAUCUCAAACGACCUUCUUCCAGGAGCCAGACCUCAGCUCAAAGACAGGCUCAAAGAAACGUUCUUGCCUGGAUUGGAUGCUCCCUUGGUCGUUCCCGCUGACACGGAACGAGAACGCACCCCGCUUGUCCGCUGCAUGGCCUGGGACACGUUCAUGACAGAAAACCGCAUGAACCCCGCGCAGAGACGAGCGGCACAAGAAAUCAAGAAGCAGCACGCUGACAAGGAACACGAUGGCAUCCUCACCCUGACUCGCUGA